AGUAGGUACACACAUAUCCAUAUGCUAAUGCAGGCAAUGAAAUGGAGACGGCGACAACAAUGCCAGCCCAUAGACUUCUAUUCCAGCUGGCGAAACUGUGCGCAUGUGCAGCAGCGGCAGAGUCGGAGAAUCGGGGAAUUGGAGAAUCAGAGCCAGAAGCUGCAGCUCCAGAGGAGCAGAGGUAUCCGGGGGAUAGGGGGCAAGAAGUCUGGGCAAACACAGCAAAUAAAUAGCUGGCAGUUCGGUGAACUCUCCUCAAUCACUCGUCGCCAGUGCGAAACUGCACAGUUGCAACAGCAACACAAACAGCAACAGCAACGGGCAGCAGCAACAUCAAAAGCACGGCAGCAACUUAUGGGGAGAGAACGUGACUGGGUUCUGAUGACAGCCAUGGAUGCAGUGCAUCAGCUCCAUUGUGUGCGCACAAAUAAUCGAGAUGCCAUUUGGCAAAUUUGCCGCGAGUGGGUGUCUGCCUGGGCAGCUGGAGUUUGGAACUCAGAGCUCGGAUCUUGGAGCUUGGAUCUUGGUAAUCGAAACACGCAGCCUCUGGAGCGGAUUCGUGGGUUCAAUUAGCAGGAGCCGUGACUUCUGCCUGGCUGCCUCUCCAGUGCUUUCUGGAUUCUCGAUUCUGGGAAGCAUUACCGCGUCAACUGCCAUUUACAUGGAGCAGUUACCACGUUCCAAGUCCGGCUGGGCCGGCUCAUUUGCAGCCGCUUAUGGUCCAUCCAGGCACAGCCACAUCCACAUCCAUAGCCUGUAACUACCAUAAAUCAACUCCAGCGGCUGCGCAUGCGCCAUACUUAGUGCUAUUAAAACGUCACGGAAGUCGGAACGUGAGCAGCAGCGAGAAUUUUUAAAUUCGACUGCCAUGGAGCGUGGAACAUAUGGGAUCGAUCCAUGGGAAAAGCAGAGAGCUAAGCCAGGUAAUUGUCAACAUUUAUAUGCGAUCAAUUAGGCCGGGAAAUUGGGGAGAAACUUGGCGUGACCCCGGGAGUCGCAUGUCGCGGGGUCAUUUGCCGCAUGAAGAGUCCUUCAUCAAUCUCUGGAACGCCGCUGCGAUGUGUCUCAAAUGGCACGUUAACGAGUUCAAGUGGCUCAAACUCAGACUGCAAAAAGCCGGGUUCAAAGGUGUUUGCCUCG